CGAAGGCUGGCCACUGCCACAUCUGCACCAAAGCCAGCGCACAUCUGCACAGAAGCGAGCGCCUGGGGUCGUCAACACGCUGCCGGCCCCCCCACCCCACCCUCGGUAGUGCGCGCGCACGCCCAGACCCGUCGGCUGGCAGACAAGAGCUGGCUCUGCCUCCCCCGGCUGGCCCCCCACGCCGUCGCCGCCCCCACCCCACAAGGGUCCCGCAUCCGGAAAGCGAGCUCUGGCCCACGCACCCGCAUCCUUGCUGUCGCUCUCCGCCCCUCUACCUUCCCUCAGCCCUCCUUCCUCUGACUCUCCGCCCACCCCUCGGAGCGCCUCUUCCCUUCUGGCCAUCUCUCUCCCGCCCACCUCUCCGAACUCUGCAGCCUGGCGGUCGGGUCCGACCUCCUGCACGCCCCAUGCCGGCCCUCCUGCUCCUCGCGCUCCUGGCGGUCACCUCGGGACAAGCCGGGGCGCGGCCGUCCAACACCACAAGCGCGGAGCCGCCGGGCCCGCUGCCCGCCCUGCUAGCGCACCUGCGGCGCCUGACCGGGGCGCUGACUGGCGGCGGUGGCGCGGCGGGCCCGGGCGCUAAUGGCACCAGGACAAGCCCCGCAGGCGGGGCGGGCGCUGCUGCGCGGGCGCCCCCUCCCGCCGAGCUCUGCCACGGUUACUACGAUGUCAUGGGCCAGUACGACGCCACCUUCAACUGCAGCACCGGCUCCUACCGCUUCUGCUGCGGCACCUGUCACUACCGUUUCUGCUGUGAGCACCGCCACAUGCGCCUGGCGCAGGCCUCCUGCUCCAACUACGACACGCCGCGCUGGGCCACUACGCCUCCGCCGCUGGCCGGGGGUGCCGGGGGAGCUGGGGGUGCGGGCGGGGGGCCAGGACCCGGCCAGGCCGGGUGGCUGGAAGGGGGCCGGGCAGGAGGACCUGGGGGCCGCGGGGGCGAAGGUCCCGGGGGCAGCACUGCCUAUGUUGUGUGUGGUGUCAUCAGCUUUGCCCUGGCCGUGGGCGUCGGCGCCAAAGUGGCCUUCAGCAAGGCUUCACGUGCGCCCAGGGCUCACCGAGAGAUCAACGUGCCCAGGGCUCUGGUGGACAUUCUGAGGCAUCAGGGGGGGCCUGGGACCCGCCCGGACCGGGCCCGAAGUAGCUCCCUGACCCCUGGGCUCGGAGUUUCUGACAGCAUAGCCCCCAGGACACCUAAGAGCCUCUACAACACCAUGAAACCCACCAACCUCGACUGGCGGGCCAUACCACCACCCAGCCCCUCCUUGCACUACUCCACGCUGUCCUGCUCUCGGUCCUUCCACAAUCUCUCCCAUCUGCCCCCAUCCUAUGAGGCUGCUGUGAAGACUGAGCUGAACCGCUACUCCUCCCUCAAGAGACUGGCUGAGAAGGAUCUGGACGAGGCUUACCUGAAGCGCCGGCACCUGGCGGAGAUGCCCCGUGGAACGCUGCCCCUGCACGCACUGCGGCGACCCGGGACUGGGGGCGGCUACCGCCUGGAUGGCUGGGGCAGCCCUGAGGAACUGGGCCUAGCGCCUGCGCCCAACCCACGGAGGGUCAUGUCCCAGGAGCACCUGCUGGGCGACGGGGGCCGCGCCUCACGUUACGAGUUCACGCUGCCACGCGCGCGCCUUGUGUCGCAGGAGCACCUGCUGCUGUCCUCGCCUGAAGCCCUGCGCCAGAGUCGCGAGCACCUGCUGUCGCCCCCGCGCAGCCCCGCACUGCCCCCCGACCCCACCACCCGGGCUGGCCUAGCCGCCUCGCACUCUAACCUGUUGCUGGGGCCCGGGGGGCCCCCCACGCCGCUGCACGGGCUGCCCUCGUCUGGCCUACACGCCCACCACCACCAUGCCCUGCACGGCUCCCCUCAGCCCGCCUGGAUGUCGGACGCCGGCGGGGGCGGAGGCACGCUGGCGCGCAGGCCACCCUUCCAGCGCCAGGGCACGCUGGAGCAGCUGCAGUUCAUCCCUGGCCACCACCUGCCCCAACACCUGCGCACGGCCAGCAAGAACGAAGUGACCGUUUGAGGCCAGGGGCUGCA